AUGGGCGAUCAGGCUCCCAAUACAGAUUUAGGGCCUCUUAUCGGAGAUGCACUCACGAAAGUGAACAACGAUAUUUUGUUCACGGACGACUCUGCACUGCCGGGUACGGAGAAGCUGCAUGCCUACAGUAGCAGUGUAGCUUCUUGGUCUUCGCCCAUAACGGCUGUGGGAAAUGGUACGUGCGAGACAUCGCCUACUGUUGAGGCAUUUUUUCCUCUUCCGACCCACGCUCCGAUUUCACCUGCUGAGGCCUACGUGCGGGCAAUUAUGAGGGGAAUGGAGGAAUUACAGGAAGAUGGCGGUAUUCUGAAGUCCAUCUCCAGGGCACGCAACGAGGUUUCGCCAUUUAAGGAUGGAAUGGCUGUUUUUGAGGUUUCGUGGUUUGCCGCAAUGCGUGAUCUUGCCCUCAGCUCCAUGAAGGCUGCGAGGAUGCAUCUGCAGUCGUCAGCAGCGGAACUGGAAUUGCCACCUGACGGAAAAGCUGAGAUCGACGUUGAGGUUGCGCGGAAGUCAUUCCUACUACAUUUAGGAGAAAUGACUGAAAAGAUGGUGCAGAGAUAUUAUUAUCAGAUGUUUUUUUGCCGAAGACGUUUUCCACCUGAACUUCAGCUUCUCUUUGGGCAACUGAAUGAAAGAUUGACGCAGAACCUUCUAGCGACUUCAACGGGGUUUCCGAAAUUGUUGGCUGCGUCAUCGGUGGAAGAACUUGAUGCCGUCCUCAUUCACGACUUUGAUGUAUGGAUUUCGCACUAUUUUCCAUAUUUCAAACACGCGAUCUCCUCCGGGAGGCCGAUGCAGUUGAUUUGGGGGGAGAACAAUUCCCUAAAGAAGGAAGAGGUGGCUUUUCAGGUUUACACUACAGCCACGCGGGUAAAUUUGAAGAAAAACAACAACCGGUUGAAGAAAGGUGCACUCUUUCCUGUCAAAUGGAUGGAUGAAUUGUUGCACUGGCUCUGUAGCAGUGAAGAUGCGGCUUUGCCACCACCUGGCCCCUUUGACACUUUACAAUUGGUGGAGCUUUCCUCGGAUCGCCCGGUGAAGCAUAUACUGCGAGAGGGGAGUCCAGAGUCAGAUGUUAUUCCCGAGGAGCUUUUUGAUCUUUUUUGGGGGCUUUUUGGAGGUGGUCCAAAGUACUUGGUGGAGGGUGUGUUCAGCAUGCAGCGGAACAUCGAGGAGCGCCUGAGUCCCCCGCGUGUUUCUCUCGCAUUUUUCUUUGAAGACAUGGGUUGUCAGCCCUUAGUCUUGAAGCGUGUUCUACACCGUGCCGAGGUGUCGGAGGUGAUGCGGCGGGCUCUGAGGAAGUUCCAAAAGCGCCACCACAACUGCCGGGAUUCCGAAGGAGGGAAGUUGGAUGCAGAACUGUGGUACGCCGCGUUGUGUGCUGAGAAUGGUGUGAAUAUGUACGUUACACAUGUCCGGGGUGUGUUACUGGAAGAACCGCAAUUGGUUUCGAACCAGCGCACAACGUCUGUUGGGGACGUUGUGGGGCAAAUGAGACAAAUCGUGCCGACGGAAACGAACACGGAGGCUCCAGAACUUCAGUUUCUACUGCGUUUGCAGGAAAAAAUAGACCGCUUGACGUUGGAGGCACGUGGUGUGUGCGGUCUUCCAAACAUUGGCAACACAUGUUACAUGAACAGUGCGCUACAGUGUCUCUCCAAUAUUAGGAGUAUGCGCCGCGCCUUGUUUUUUCUUCCUCUUUCGGAGUACGUGAAUCCAGUGGUCACGAGAGAGAUGGUGUGCCUUCUAAUUGACAUGUGGUCGGGCAUGCAACAGUCAGUUGAUACUCACGGUCUCAAAACGGCGAUUGGACGCGCGGUAAGCCGCUUUGAUUCGUAUGAACAGCAGGAUGCCAUGGAGUUUAUUGAGGCGCUCCUUGACUGCAUGCAUGAAGAGAUGAAUACGGUCUCUGCUAAACGUUACCGGGAGGUUCUCGACUCUGACGCGUCUAUUCCCACACAGAGGAUGUCAGAGAUCUUUUGGAAAGAUUUUCUUAAUAAUAAUCGGAGUUUUAUUCCACAUCUCUUUUUUUUUCAGACAAAAACACGAUUGGAGUGUCUGACUUGCGGGGCAUUGACUACUCUGUUUGAGAACAACCUUUCUCUCACCGCGACUGUUGUGACGCCGGCGAAGAAGCGCACUUUGGAGGUAAUCGUUCUGUUGCCUACAGGAAAAAGAGUGCGUCUGCGGCUUAAAGUGACAUGCGAUAAGAAAGGUGAUGUUUACACCACGGACAUUGUGCGCGAACUGACGGAGAAGUUUUGUUCUGAAAAUGUCGUUGCCGUGUCGACUCGCGUUCAUGCAUUUUCAGCGCCGCCCAUUUCUUUCUACGCCGGUGACGACGAUGGCAACAUGAACGGAAACAUCAGCAGUAGCGAAAACAGUGGAGAGAAGAAUAAUAAGGGCGACGAGGAAGAAGUUGAUGUGGGAGGGUCCGUGCUGGAUGGCUACCGGCUCAUCAUUCACGGCGACGAUGCCAAGCCGUUGCCGGCAACUGAUGAGCUACUCUACGCCGCCGCCGUUCCUGUGGCGACGGAACUCGACUCAAAGCGUGAGGAUGUGCCGGAGGAGCAGGAGACACAAAAGAGGGCGGAGAAGGAUGAGACGAGGGAUGAGGAGGAGGUGCGCGUGUGGUACUUUCUCAAGGGAAGAAGGACGUCGGUUUAUGCGCUGCAUGAGCCUUGCUACGUGGAGUGGCUUCCCGCGAAGGUAUUUUCCGAUUACUCAAGUCUGGCACGUCACCUUCAUGAGAGGGGACGGGAGCUGGGCAGGCGCUUCUUGAAGGAGAGGUUCCCUUCCAUGGACGAAAUGCAGGCCCCGGCGCUUGACCCAAUAACGGGGGAACAACUGACCGGCGAUGACCGGCGCCAAAUUCGCGUGUUGUACCAAACGCACCGACACGACACCAGUCAUCUCAUUAUCCUCGACGACUCUGAGGAUGAGUGGAUGAAGUUUGGGGGAAUGAACGCCAUUUGCCAACACUCAGGCGAGUCAAGAGUUUUGCUGGAAUACGACGAUUUUCUGUUGGCCCCGAAUGAGAGCUUUCAGUGCAUGUUGCACCCCUCUGUGUGCACCCCAAGACGGCAUUCCAUCCGCGGUUUUUUGCCGCACUUCAACGAGAUGGACAAUGCGGUCACCUUGGAAGAAUGUUUGGAGUCGACGUACUCCCCUGACAUCCUAGCAGGGGACAACGCCCGUGAAUGCAGCAAAUGCAAGGCGCGUCGUGACAGCAAAAUUGAGCGAAGACCAUUUUUGAUGCCGCCCUGUCUUAUCAUUUCCCUCAAGCGCUUCAGAGUGCACAUGGAGGAGGCGUCGAAGAACAACACGCGUGUGGCAUUCCCGAUGGAGCUGGACAUGACUCCGUACAUGGAUCCGGAAUCACCGGUGCAAAACGCAAAGUACUCACUGCGCGGUGUCGUGACCCACAGGGGGGGCAUCAACCAUGGUCAUUACACCGCCACCGCGCUGAACGAUAGUUGCAAAAGGUGGGUUCAAUACGACGAUUGGCGCACCUCUUUUUUGGAGGGACCUUCCACGAAGGAUGCGUUUAUCCUCUGCUACGAGCGUGAAGAAGUCGAGGCAGACAGAUCCAGGCAAUCUACCGGCGAAACGAGCAGGUUGUAA